AAAGAAAGAAAGAUGAAACCGGAGGCUGAGAAGGGCAUGCAGGGGGCCGACCCCUGUUUUCUCUUUUCUAUUACUUGAUGCUGCAAAGGAACCUCCGCCCUCUCCCCUUUCCGUCUGGCCAUUAUAUAUUGGACCAACCACUGCCCUUCCCCUCAUCACCUCGCAGCAUUCUUCUUCCGAUCCAUUUCCUUCUUCAUUAAACCUUUCUUUUCUUCCCUCGAUUCAGAUCUUAUCAAUCACUAUGGCCGGUGAGUCUAGCGUGCAGGCAUCGUCUCCUCUGGAGAUGAAAGGCCUCGGACCUUUCGACCAGAAGCUUGCUAUGGCAAAGCGAUGCGGCCAUGAGGGCGUGGUUGCAGGAGCAAGAGCCGCAGUGGUUGCAACUGUUGCUAGUGCAGUCCCCACUUUGGCAAGCGUGAGAAUGUUGCCAUGGGCAAGGCGCAACCUCAACCCCACCGCUCAGGCCCUCAUCGUCUCCUUAGUGGCAGGCUCGGCGUUCUUCAUAGUUGCAGACAAGACGGUGCUGACCACGGCAAGGAAGAACUCUUUCCGGCACCACCAUUCUUGAUGAGAGCAACGGCCGGCCAUUCAUACAGAAAUGUUUAUGUAUCGUCGUGUCUUUUGAUUCCCUCUUUUCUACUGGCGUUGUUUAUCGACCUGUACGAGCAAUGUAUAACCGCUUUCCCCAUAUGUAUAAAUAUUAAGAUUGAUGUUUCUUCA